AUGACUUUAAUCAAAUGCAGCAUCUACUUUGUCACAAACCAAGAAAAUGAGAACCUGGCAGAAAUGUUGCUGAGGAGACACUUGAGCAGAGGACUGCUGGUAUGCCUUCUGCUGCUGGCUCUCCUUCACGAUGCCACGAGCCAGAGAAGACAGGCAGCACGCAGGAACAACCACAGACAACGUGAUGAAGGAACACAUGCUAGUCUCACAUGUUCACUGGAUGUGGUCUUCAUCCUGGACAGCUCAGAGAGUGCAAAGUUACGCCUGUUCCAGCAGCAGAAGGCCUUUGUGUUGAGCUUCAGCACCCGGCUGGCCAUGCUGCAGGUCAGCUCCAUGUUUCAGGUGAACUGGGCGCUGAAGGUGCGAAUGGCCGCCCUUCAGUUCAGCAGCUCCGUAUACAUAGAGCACAGAUUCUCAGCCUGGAAGGACCUGGAUUCGUUCCAAGACAAAGUCAGCAACAUGUACUACAUCGGCCACGGCACCUACACCACCUACGCCAUCACCAACACCACGCAGCUGGUGUUGCAGGAGUCCCCCAAGCAGAGUGUCAGGAUGGCAGUGCUGAUGACUGACGGAGUGGAUCACCCGCGUAACCCUGACGUGAUGCCCGCGGCAACGGAGGCCAAGAGCUACGGCAUCAAGUUCUUCUCCAUCGGGUUGUCUGACAUCGCCCAGAAGAGUCAGAACGCUGCCAAGCUCCGGACCAUCGCCAGCUCUCCUGCUCAGCAGUUUGUCCAAAGUCUUCAGGACCCCGAGCUGGAAGAUAAGCUGCUCAAAGAGAUGAGUGCAGUUGCCAUCGAAGAGUGUCCUCAGGUGUGUCUGUGUGAAAAAGGAGAAAGAGGCCCUCCGGGAAAUCCUGGUAGAAAAGGAGACCAAGGGGAUCUCGGACCGCCUGGUCAAAAAGGAACAAGGGGUGAACCGGGCUAUGAUGGUCGACCUGGAGUUGACGGUCCGCAGGGCCCUCCAGGGUAUAAGGGCAACAAGGGGGAGAGAGGAGAAUGUGGUCCUCCUGGUAAAAAGGGUGAAAUUGGAGCUGAGGGACCUCCAGGCCCCACAGGAGCAAAAGGAGAUGAGGGUGGAGAAGGACCAAUAGGAGACGUCGGUCCUGAGGGGCCAGCGGGACCUAAAGGAGACAGGGGGUACACGGGUGCACCUGGACCACCAGGAGACAUUGGGAUUGGAUUCCCAGGACCCAAGGGUGAUAAAGGUCUUCAGGGCAGACCAGGUUCCACUGGUCCUCCUGGGAUCGGAGAACCAGGACUGCCUGGACCAUCAGGACCAGCUGGAGCAAAAGGAAACUCUGGACUUACCGGAGAGGGGCUUCCAGGACAGAAAGGUGAUCGAGGAUUCGGUGGUCCACCUGGUAGUCGUGGGCUUCCUGGUGUUGGAAUCAAAGGCGACAAGGGUGUUCGUGGGCCAUCUGGGCCUCAAGGCACAGUUGGAGCUACGGGGAUAGGACUCCAAGGAGAAAAGGGAGACCGGGGCCCACCUGGACCUGUAGGACCAAGAGGAGCUUCAGGUAUUGGACUAAUGGGACCUAAGGGGAAUCAGGGUCCCACCGGCGAGCCCGGACUGACAGGUGAAAGAGGUCAGGGAGAUACAGGACCCAAGGGUGAACCAGGAACGAAGGGUUUACCAGGAAUAUCAGGCUUACCGGGAGAGGAUGGGAUCCCAGGACCAAAGGGGGACAUAGGAUUGACGGGGAUCAGGGGUCUCGAUGGGCCCACUGGUAAAGGAGUCCCUGGAGUGAAGGGAGACAAGGGCGACAGGGGCAGCCGAGGUCAGCCAGGGUCCGUCGGCCCUCCGGGACCCAUGGGACCAAAGGGAGAACGGGGAAAUACUGGGUCUCCAGGAAUAACUGGCCCUCCAGGACGGGGCCUGACCGGUGUCAAGGGGGAAAUGGGUCCACAAGGUCCUCCUGGACAAUUGGGAGAGACAGGGAUUGGUUUACCUGGACCCAAGGGUGACAGAGGGCUACAAGGGCCUAGUGGGCCGACUGGGCCGAAAGGUGAAGGGCUCCUCGGCCCCCCAGGACUUCCAGGGUCCCCUGGCAUGACAGGAGAGCCUGGACAGGAUGGCAUCGGUUUACCGGGAGACAAGGGAGACAGAGGCUUGUCUGGACCUCCUGGAUCUGAUGGGCCACCAGGAGUAGGUCUGAUCGGUCCAAAGGGUUCAGUUGGUCAGAUGGGACCGCCGGGUCUUCAGGGGCUAGCUGGAGAAGGCAUACAAGGAUCAAAGGGGGAUCCAGGAGACCAGGGACUCCCUGGACCCAGAGGUCCUCCAGGACAAGGUGUGCAGGGAGAAAAGGGGGAUCGAGGCUUCAGAGGUUUGACGGGCAAAAAAGGAGACAGAGGGGAACCUGGAAAUGAAGGAAACAUCGGGCCUGUGGGCAGAGCUGGAGAGAAAGGAGAUGCUGGACUCACGAGGGAUGAGAUCAUCGAAAUAGUGAGAUCCUUAUGCAAUUGCGGGAAGAAGUGCAUCCAAACACCUUUGGAGCUGAUUUUUGUGAUCGACAGCUCUGAGAGUGUCGGCCCUGACAACUUCAACAUGAUCAAAGACUUUGUGAACGCCCUGAUCGACCGCACAUCGGUGGGCCGGGACAGCGCGCGCAUCGGCGUGCUCCUGUACAGCCACAUCAACGAGGAGGUCGUCAGGCUGGUGGAGGAGGCCUCGCAGGAUGACAUCAAAUCCAAAGUGCGCUCCAUGAACUACCUGGGUGAGGGAACCUACACGGGCAGCGCAGUCCACAAGGCCAACCAGAUGUUCAAAAUGUCACGGACGGGCGUGAGGAAGGUGGCUAUAAUCAUCACGGACGGACAGGCCGAUAAGAGGGACUUGAUCAGCCUGGAGACCGCCGUGAACGAAGCCAAAGAAAGCAACAUUGAGAUGUUUGUGAUCGGGGUGGUGAACGAGAGUGACCCCUUCUUUGAGGAGUUCAAGAAGGAGCUCAUGUUUAUAGCCUCUGAUCCUGACAACGAACAUUUGUACCUGAUUGACGACUUCCGAACCCUUCAAGGUCUGGAGAAACUAUUGCUGACUUGUGUCUUUGAACUGGGGCAGAGUAAGUUGUUCGGCCCCAUGCCGAGCUCAGAACAGGCUCUGGGAUUCCCAGAGAUCUUCAGCAUUCGAAAACCCCCGUACCGGCCAGGCCCGGGCACGCCCACCUUCACAGGAGACUUCAGGAGGGUCCAGAUGAUGCCCGACUCUUCAGCAUCCAAGUCCACCAAAGAAUCCCUCAAACUACAGAGACCCAAGAUCAGCGAAGACAGAACCCUCUCCAAAACACAAAGGUUUCCCUUCUUCGACAGGGAGCCCUUCAGGCCCGUAACAGAAUUUCUCCCACAGUUUGAGAUGAACAACCCCACGCGCCACAUCAACGGAGCCAUCGGGCCCGCUGGUCCCACGCUGAGGGCCCUGCCGGAGGAGGAGAUGCCUGCACCGUCUCCACCCACUCCCCAGCUGCUGCCCUCGGACACCCAAACAUCAGAAGAAAGCUGCAACCAGAUCCUGGACCCGGGUCCGUGUCGGGACUACGUGGUGAUGUGGUACUACGACGCCAUCGCCAACUCCUGCGCUCAGUUCUGGUUUGGAGGUUGUCUAGGAAACAAGAACCGGUUUGAUACGGAGAAGACCUGCAGGGAAACCUGCGCGAAGGUCUGACGUGUACAUUACGAUAGCUGCCAGCGUGAAUAUGAGACGGAGGAAGGUUCACGAACAUUGACUGUGCCAUGAAGCUCACUUCAUCUUCGGUGCCUUAGUGUUUCUGUUUUUGUUACUUUGACCGUCAUUGGAUAAAUGAGAACAUCAACUGUUAGGAAAAGUAUAAAUUCGUGGGAGUUCGAGGUUUUAAAAUUGUUACAAACUAGUUAUUAUUGUUGUUAUACUUUAGUGUUUUUUUGUCCUGUUAACAAGGAUUUGUGUAUUCUGUGAACAAAGAAAAACGUUUGUAUGUUACUUUUGGAGCAGUUCUGUUAAAAUUGACUCACUUUCAACACUAACAAGCCACUAACCAAAAACCAAGUAACCUUGCAUUUCAUGAGCAUUUACCAGACAUGUUGUCGCUGUUAUACGUCGUUAGACACAGGUAUCUUCUGAAUACAUGUAAAGUCAAUGCAGGUUUUUCCUCUCAAAACAGUGGUGCUACAUUUUUGCAUUGUACCUGAAUAAAAUGUCUGUUCUCAUAAUAAAACCUCUGACGAUUUUCCA